AUGGAGCCCGGCUGGGCGGCGAGGCUGUCCGCGCCCCGUGCUGGCACCCCUGCCGCCAUGUCGGACACGGACAGCGACGAGGACUCCACCGGAGGAGGCCCGUUUUCUUUAACGGGCUUCCUGUUCGGCAACAUCAACGGAGCAGGGCAGCUGGAGGGCGAAAGCGUCCUGGAUGAUGAGUGUAAGAAACAUCUUGCAGGCUUGGGGGCUUUAGGUCUGGGCAGCCUGAUCACUGAACUCACGGCGAAUGAAGAAUUGGCUGGGACUGGUGGUUCCUUGCUAAAUGAUGAAGGCUGGAUUAGGAGUAGAGAAGAUGCUGUGGACUAUUCAGACAUCAGCGAGGUGGCAGAAGAUGAAAGCCGAAGAUAUCAGCAGACAAUGGGGAGCUUGCAACCCCUUUGCCGAGAUUAUGAUGAAGAUGACUAUGAUGCUGAUUGUGAAGACUUUGAUUGCAAGUUGAUGCCUCCCCCACCACCACCCCCAGGACCAGCAAAGAAAGAGAAGGACCAAGAUGGUGUUACUGGUGUGUCUGAAGAUGGAGAAGGCAUUAUCUUGCCUUCCAUCAUUGCCCCUUCCUCUUUGGCCUCAGAGAAAGUGGAUUUCAGUAGUUCCUCUGACUCAGAAUCUGAGAUGGGAGCUCAGGAAACAACACAGGCAGAAUCUAAGGAUGGAAAGCUGACGUUACCAUUGGCUGGGAUUAUGCAACAUGAUGCCACCAAGCUGUUGCCAAAUGUCACAGAACUUUUUCCAGAAUUUAGGCCUGGAAAGGUGUUACGCUUUUUACGGCUUUUUGGACCAGGGAAGAAUGUCCCAUCUGUUUGGAGGAGUGCUCGGAGAAAGAGGAAAAAGAAGCACCGUGAACUUAUAAUACAGGAAGAGCAGACCCAGGAGGAGUGCUCAGGAGAAUUAGAAGUCAACCAGAAAUCUCUGUGGAACUAUGACUAUGCUCCACCUCCCCCACCAGAGCAAUGUCUCUCUGAUGAUGAAAUCACAAUGAUGGCUCCUGUGGAAUCCAAGUUUUCCCAGUCAACUGGAGACACCAAUAAAGUGAUGGAUACCAAACCAAGAGUGGCAGAAUGGCGUUAUGGACCUGCCCGGUUGUGGUACGAUAUGCUAGGAGUCCCUGAAGAUGGCAGUGGGUUUGACUAUGGCUUCAAAAUAAGGAAGACUGAACAUGAACCUACAACGAAAUGCGACCUGGUGAAGAAAUUAAGAAAACCUGAGGAAAGCAAAGGUGCUGAUCUUCUGGCAGAUGAAAACUUCCUAAUGGUGACACAACUACAUUGGGAAGAUGAUAUCAUCUGGGAUGGGGAGGAUGUGAAGCACAAAGGAACAAAACCUCAGCGUGCAAGUUUGGCAGGCUGGCUUCCUUCCAGUAUGACUAGGAAUGCUAUGGCUUACAAUGUUCAGCAAGGUUUUGCAGCCACAUUGGAUGAUGAUAAACCUUGGUACUCCAUUUUCCCCAUUGAUAAUGAAGAUCUGGUGUAUGGACGUUGGGAGGAUAAUAUCAUUUGGGAUGCUCAGGCCAUGCCUAGGAUUUUGGAGCCUCCUGUCUUGACACUUGAUCCCAAUGAUGACAACUUGAUUUUGGAGAUUCCUGAUGAGAAGGAAGAAGCUACUUCUGAUUCCCCUUCCAAGGAGAAUAAGAAAGAAUCAUCUCUGAAGAAGAGUCGAAUUCUCUUAGGAAAAACAGGAGUCAUCAAGGAAGAGCCACAGCAGAACAUGUCUCAGCCAGAAAUGAAAGAUCCAUGGAAUCUCUCCAAUGAUGAGUAUUACUAUCCCAAGCAACAAGGUCUUCGAGGGACUUUUGGAGGGAAUAUCAUUCAGCACUCAAUUCCAGCUGUAGAAUUACGGCAGCCCUUCUUUCCCACCCACAUGGGACCCAUGAAACUCCGGCAGUUCCAUCGCCCACCUCUGAAAAAGUACUCCUUUGGGGCACUAUCUCAGCCAGGACCACACUCAGUCCAGCCUUUGCUGAAGCACAUCAAGAAGAAGGCAAAGAUGAGAGAACAAGAGAGGCAAGCCUCAGGUGGUGGAGAGAUGUUUUUUAUGCGCACACCUCAGGAUCUCACAGGCAAAGAUGGAGACCUCAUUCUUGCAGAAUACAGUGAGGAAAAUGGACCAUUAAUGAUGCAAGUUGGCAUGGCAACCAAGAUUAAAAACUACUAUAAACGAAAACCUGGAAAAGAUCCUGGAGCCCCAGACUGCAAAUAUGGAGAAACUGUUUAUUGCCACACAUCUCCUUUCCUGGGCUCUCUUCAUCCUGGCCAGUUACUGCAGGCUUUUGAGAACAACCUUUUUCGUGCUCCAAUUUAUCUUCAUAAGAUGCCAGAGACUGACUUCCUGAUCAUUCGAACAAGGCAGGGCUACUAUAUUCGAGAACUAGUGGAUAUUUUUGUGGUGGGCCAGCAGUGUCCUUUGUUUGAAGUUCCUGGUCCUAACUCCAAAAGGGCCAAUACACACAUCCGAGACUUUCUGCAGGUUUUCAUUUAUCGCCUCUUUUGGAAGAGUAAAGAUAGGCCACGGAGGAUCCGGAUGGAAGAUAUAAAGAAAGCCUUUCCGUCGCAUUCAGAAAGCAGCAUCCGGAAGAGGCUAAAGCUCUGUGCUGACUUCAAACGUACAGGGAUGGAUUCAAACUGGUGGGUGCUGAAGUCUGAUUUUCGUUUACCAACGGAAGAGGAGAUCAGAGCUAUGGUAUCCCCAGAACAGUGCUGUGCUUAUUAUAGCAUGAUAGCUGCAGAGCAGAGACUAAAGGAUGCUGGCUAUGGAGAGAAGUCCUUCUUUGCUCCUGAGGAAGAAAAUGAAGAAGAUUUCCAGAUGAAGAUUGAUGAUGAAGUUCGUACUGCUCCUUGGAAUACUACAAGGGCUUUCAUUGCUGCCAUGAAGGGCAAAUGUCUCCUGGAGGUGACUGGAGUAGCAGAUCCCACUGGCUGUGGUGAAGGGUUCUCCUAUGUGAAGAUUCCAAACAAACCAACACAGCAGAAGGAUGAUAAGGAGCCUCAGCCAGUGAAAAAGACAGUCACGGGAACAGAUGCAGACCUUCGUCGCCUGUCUCUGAAAAACGCCAAGCAACUUCUUCGUAAAUUUGGUGUGCCUGAGGAGGAGAUUAAAAAGUUGUCCCGCUGGGAAGUUAUUGAUGUAGUACGCACAGUGUCAACAGAACAGGCUCGCUCUGGAGAGGGCCCCAUGAGCAAAUUUGCCCGUGGAUCAAGGUUUUCUAUGGCUGAGCAUCAAGAGCGUUACAAAGAGGAAUGUCAGCGCAUCUUUGACCUACAGAACAAGGUUUUGUCAUCAACUGAAGUCUUAUCCACAGACACAGACAGCAGCUCAGCUGAAGACAGUGACUUUGAGGAAAUGGGAAAGAACAUAGAGCACAUGCUGCAGAACAAGAAAACAAGCUCUCAGCUAUCUCGGGAGCAGGAGGAGCAGGAACGGAAGGAACUCCAGCGGAUGCUACUGGCAGCAGCAGGCUCAGCAGCAGCAGGAAACAAUCAGAGAGAUGAUGAUACACCUUCGGUGACUAGCCUUAACUCUUCUGCCACUGGCCGCUGUCUCAAAAUUUAUCGAACAUUUCGAGAUGAAGAGGGGAAAGAAUAUGUUCGUUGUGAGACAGUCCGAAAACCAGCAGUUAUUGAUGCUUAUAUGCGCAUACGGACCACAAAAGAUGAAGAAUUCAUUCGAAAAUUUGCUCUUUUUGAUGAGCAACAUCGAGAAGAGAUGCGAAAAGAACGUCGAAGGAUUCAAGAGCAAUUGAGGAGACUUAAACGGAACCAGGAAAAGGAGAAGCUGAAGGGUCCUCCGGAGAAAAAGCCCAAAAAAAUGAAGGAACGUCCUGACUUAAAACUGAAAUGUGGAGCAUGUGGUGCCAUUGGGCACAUGAGGACAAAUAAAUUCUGCCCCCUUUAUUAUCAAACAAAUGCUCCACCUUCUAACCCUGUCGCCAUGACAGAAGAACAGGAGGAGGAGCUGGAAAAGACAGUCAUUCAUAAUGAUAAUGAAGAACUUAUAAAGGUUGAAGGGACCAAGAUCGUUUUGGGAAAACAGCUCAUUGAGAGUGCGGAUGAAGUUCGCAGGAAAUCUCUGGUCCUGAAGUUCCCUAAGCAACAACUUCCUCCCAAGAAAAAGCGGCGGGUUGGAACCACUGUUCACUGUGACUAUUUGAAUAAACCUCAUAAAUCCAUCCACCGGCGACGGACAGACCCUAUGGUGACACUGUCUUCUAUCUUAGAGUCUAUCAUCAAUGACAUGAGAGAUCUUCCCAAUACAUACCCUUUCCAUACUCCAGUUAAUGCGAAGGUUGUAAAGGACUACUACAAAAUCAUCACUCGUCCAAUGGAUUUACAGACACUCCGUGAAAAUGUGCGCAAACGCCUCUAUCCAUCUCGGGAAGAAUUCAGAGAGCAUUUGGAACUAAUUGUGAAAAAUAGUGCAACCUAUAAUGGGCCAAAACACUCACUGACUCAGAUUUCUCAAUCCAUGCUGGAUCUCUGUGAUGAAAAACUCAAAGAGAAAGAGGAUAAGUUGGCACGUUUAGAGAAAGCUAUCAACCCCUUGCUUGAUGAUGAUGACCAAGUAGCAUUUUCUUUUAUUCUGGAUAACAUUGUUACUCAGAAAAUGAUGGCAGUUCCAGAUUCUUGGCCAUUUCAUCACCCAGUUAAUAAGAAGUUUGUUCCAGAUUAUUAUAAAGUGAUUGUCAGUCCAAUGGAUUUGGAGACUAUACGUAAGAAUAUCUCCAAGCACAAGUACCAGAGUCGAGAGAGCUUUCUAGAUGAUGUAAACCUGAUUCUGGCCAACAGUGUUAAGUACAAUGGGCCUGAGAGUCAAUAUACAAAGACUGCUCAGGAGAUUGUGAACGUUUGUUACCAGACAUUAACCGAGUAUGAUGAACAUUUGACUCAACUUGAGAAAGAUAUUUGUACAGCUAAAGAAGCAGCUUUGGAGGAAGCAGAAUUAGAAAGCCUGGACCCAAUGACUCCAGGACCUUAUACACCGCAGCCUCCUGACUUGUAUGAUAACAGCACAUCUCUCAGUGUUUCUCAAGAUGCUUCUGUUUAUCAAGAUGAGAGCAACAUGUCUGUCUUGGAUAUUCCCAGUGCAAUUUCAGAAAAGCAGCUAACGCAGGAAGGGGAAGACAGAGAUGGUGAUCUUGCAGAUGAAGAGGAAGGAACUGUACAGCAGCCCCAGGCCAGUGUGCUCUAUGAGGAUUUGCUCAUGUCUGAAGGAGAAGAUGAUGAGGAAGGUGCUGGGAGUGAUGAAGAAGAAGAUAACCCUUUCUUUGCUAUUCAGCUCAGUGAAAGUGGAAGUGACUCUGAUGUGGGAUCUGGCAGUAUCAGACCCAAACAUCCCUGUGUGCUUCAAGAGAGUACAAGGAUGGGCAUGGAAAAUGAAGAAAACAUGAUGUCCUAUGAGGGAGAUGGUGAGGAGGCUCCCCAUGGUUUGGAGGAUAGCAACAUCAGCUAUGGGAGCUAUGAGGAGCCUGAUCCCAAGUCGAACACCCAGGAUACAAGCUUCAGCAGCAUCGGUGGGUAUGAGGUAUCAGAGGAGGAAGAAGAUGAGGAAGAGCAACGUUCUGGGCCCAGCGUCCUAAGUCAGGUUCACCUGUCAGAGGACGAGGAGGACAGCGAGGAUUUCCACUCCAUUGCUGGAGACAGUGACUUGGACUCUGAUGAAUGAGGCUUCCUUUAAGCCUCUUCAGUCAGCCCAGGUCAAUUACCUUUCCCCCAGCUUGUUUAUGUGUGUAGGGGCUAAUAAUGACAUUACAAGAUUCACAUCUUAACUUCAGUAAUGAAUAAAAUAGUAAUCAUUUCUCCAAA